AUGGUUGAAUCUCAAACUCUGAAACUCAUAGCAUGGGAACCUAAUUUCAAUCCUGAGACACAGAAAACUUCCUCAGCUUUUGUAUGGAUUUUCUUUCCAGGAUUGAGCAUAGAAUACUGGAAGGAGGGUAUUCUUCUCCAAUUGGGUAGAGCAAUAAAGGUAGAUGAAGUCACUUUAAAAAAAGAAAUUGGCUAUUAUGCCAGUGUUUUAGUAGAAGUUGAUUUUGCUAAGUUUAUUCCAGCAAAAGUGAUUGUUGAAUACAAGUAUGGGAAAUUUGAACAAGCUAUUCAAAUAUCAAAGAAGCCAAAAUUUUGUAAUCAUUGCUCAAUUGUGGGUCACUUAACAACUGAAUGCAGGGCUAAAAGAACUGAAACUACUACUACAGAAAAAGUUCAGGAAGUUUUAGUGGAAAAGCCAAAGAAACAAUGGAGGCAAAAAGUUAAACCUCCCAGAGGUUUUGAUAUUUGUUUCACUCCAACUGAGAAAGAAACUGAUCAUAUAAUUGAACAUAUUGAAGUGCACCUAUUGAGUGAAAAUGAAAUGGUUGAUGCAAUAAUUCCUCACAUCCAAAAAACAGGUGAAGCUAGAUUCCAUAUUUUACAAGAUAAGUCUGAGGAAUUCAGGGGAACUCUUAACUCACACGAUGACUUCCCAUUACUUUCUGUGGACAAGAUUAUUACUAUGGUUUCCAGUGCUCCACCAAUAAAUAAUGUGGUCAAUAUUCUGCCUCCAAUUGGGAUUCCAGUGACACAAACUGAGUCAAUUCCUCUUUAUCCUACUAGUGAUACUUCAACCGCUUCUACUUCAAAUGAGGGUGAAGAUAUUAUUCAAGAAAAACAUACUGCUACAACUAAACUUCAUGUCACUAAGGAUACAUCAACUGCUUCAAGUUCAAAAGAAUGA